AUGGCGGGCUGGCUAUCAAUCGUUGCUUCCGUUGGUAUGGCCGUCGGGCCGCCGCUGGUAUAUGCGGACCAAGCGUACUCGAUUGUCAAGAAACAAGACUCUACAGGCUUCUCGCGUGAUGUAUGCGCAAUACUUCUCCUGGCCAACAUUACACGCUGUUUCUUCUGGCUGGGAAGCCGCUUCGAGAUGGCAUUGCUUGUACAGUCUCUGUUGAUGAUAUUGGCUCAACUCGUCCUCCUGUAUAUCUGUAUCCGCUUCCGCCCCAAACUGAGCCCCGAGAAUUUGGGGGUGUCAAUCCGCCCACUCUCUUUCUGGCAAUGGUCGAACUACACCCAAUAUCUCGAAUUUCUGGUCGCGUUCGUUCUCUGUCAAGCUAUUCUUUUCCUCAUACUGGGCCGGUCCUCGACAUAUGUCUCAGCCCUUGGAUUCGUGGCUCUGGGGCUCGAGAGCACACUGCCAAUUCCUCAACUUAUCAGUAACUACAAGCAACGUUCGUUGUAUGGCUUCCGUAUGUCCACAUUGGUUGGCUGGUUUGGAGGAGAUGCUUUCAAGACGGUGUACUUUUUCCUCCAGGAGUUACCGCUGCAGUUCAAAGUAUGCGCUAUAUUCCAGCUUUCGAUCGACUGUGCGAUUGUAAUCCAGCGAUUGAUGUACGGGAACGCGCCGCCGCCGACGGUGCUCAUGGACGAUGACGACGUUGAGCAGGCGUUGGCUCUGGAGGAGUAG